CACGAGUUGGUGGUCUGCGGUCUUAUAAGGAAAUGUGAUAUGGCAACCUCUUUGGCUCGGCCUUUUGUACGAACCUUUUUCUUUCCUAAAACUCCUAAUUUUAAAUUUAUACCAAAGAAAACACAUCGCUUCAUGAGCAUCGCCUCUUCUAAACUCCAUGUGAACGGGGUCAACAUUCAUUACGAAGUUGCUGGUCAAGGCAGCCAUGUUGUUUUAUGUAUGCCCGGUGCUCUGGGAUCAACGCAAAGUGAUUUUGGUCCGCAGCUGAAGGGACUUAAGGACGAGUUUACAGUUAUAGCGUUUGAUCCUCGAGGAUAUGGAAAAUCGACUCCUCCAAAACGGGAUUUUCCAAUUGACUUUUUUGAAAGAGAUGCAAAUGAUGCUGCGUCUCUUAUGAAGGUGCUUGGUGAGUUAAUCUGUUGAUUUUACCCACUUUAAAAUUUGAUUGCGAGUGGCUUUCAAAUCUGUAAUGAGGUCUUUGAUAGGAAAAUUCGUGUUAAUUCCUGUGCUAAAGGUUUAAAAAUCGUAUACCCAAAGCCUUAGGAUAAGACUUAGAGUUAAAAAGUUUGUUGGAAUGGAAAUAAAUAGCUGCACAUCCGGACCUCGAUUAACCGGAUUUCUCGAUGAUCCGGACCUUUUCUCUGGUCCCAAUUUUGUCAUGAAUAUUUAUUAGUCAUGAUCGAUAUCCGAAACCAUAAUCUCUUUAAAACUACAGCGUUGAAAAGUGUAGUAAAGGCUAGUUUGUUUUGCUUUGAAAAGGCAAAAGCAUCACUCGUUGUUCACUCGAAUGCUCACUCGAAUGAGGUCUGAUUGGCUUAUACUCAUCUUCUGGAUUAUCUGGACCCUCGAUCAUCCGGACUGUUUCGUCUAGUUCCAAUGAGUCUGGAUAAUCGAGGCUCGACUGUAGUUGAGAAACCAUCUUAUGACUGAUAUGAGUAAAGAAAGUCUGAAAACUUCCUCAUUUCAGGCCACUCUAAAUAUUCACUUCUGGGAUGGAGUGAUGGGGGAAUAACUGCCAUGAUACUGGCCGCCGCACAUCCUAAAAGCAUCCAUCACCUGGUAGUUUGGGGAGCUAAUGCCACUGUAACAGCUAAAGAUAUUGAGCUGUAUGAAGUCAUCAGAGACACAUCAAAAUGGAGCCCCAAGAUGAGAGAGCCUUUAGAGGGUGAGACAUCUCUAAUGAAUACCAUGUGGAUUUUCUUAAAACAUGCCUUAGAAAGAUUCGUUAGUGAACAGUUUUAUUUUUCUGAAUUGCUGAAGGUUUUUGGCCUUUUUCCACGUUUUGUUCGCACUUUGAUCAUUAAAAUAUCCUCAUCCGAAGAGCCUACAAACUCCAUGAGUAUCCGCAGAUUUACGAACGGUGGUAAACUGAGCAUACUCUUUCAUCCCUCUUCAAAAAUUAUUACCGAAAUGUGGUGAACCAGUAGAAGCGCGCUGAAAUCACCAGAAUGGCACCAAAUGGGUAAUUAUUCUCAUGCAAACACCAACAAAUUACCUCUCUGCUUACAAUGACAACUCAUAUCUUUAUUAGUCUCAGACAUUUUCUCUCAGAUGUCAUCAGUCAUUAAAAAAGGUUAAGUCUGGUUUCAAGCAAAGUAGCUCACCUAGCAGGAGCUUAUUCUGGUUUGCGUAGUGUGAAGUGAUAAGGUGUAUUGCUGCUGCCCCUUGAUGGCAUGUCAGUCAAUCAUAGGGUAUGUCCUUAUGAUCACAGGUUACCUCCCCCCCUUUUAGAAUUUCUUCAAGCUUCCCUCACAGGUGGCUGAUACCCAUUCAUACUCCUGAGUAAAGGGGGGGGCUACAAGAGCUAAGGGUCCUUCCUAAUAUGUAUUUAUUUUGUGUUAAUGUUAAAAAGUAUUUGUACAACAUUUUUACUAGCACCAAAAUGGCUUUACUCCAUUCAGCAAUAUCAUGUUUUGGAGUUUUUAUGUAUUCUAAGCUCUUUGUGGUUUCAUUUUAGCCUUGUAUGGAAAAGAAGGACUCCAAGAGAUGAACAGUGGCUGGAUAGAUGGCAUAAGUCGAUUUUAUACUGACAGAGGUGGUGACAUUUGUACCAGUGCUGUGAAGAAGAUUAAUUGCCCCACCCUGGUAGUACAUGGGCAGAAGGACCCCCUGGUGCCUCAAUUUCACCCUGAGUAUCUACAUGCCAACAUUAAGGGUGCUAAGCUGCAUGUCAUGCCUGAAGGAAGACACAACCUUCACCUUAGAUAUGCUGACGAAUUUAAUACACUCGUCAAGGCGUUUUUGAAAGGGAAAUCAAAAAUUUAA